CGUAUCCAACAGCUCAACUAAAUAAAGGAAGUGAUACUAUUUCAGUUUAAAGCAGGAUUUCAGCACCUCCAGCUGGACGAAGAGGUGAGAGUUAACAGAGUUAACAAGAUGAGCGAUUGGCUUUCAUUCAUGAGUGUUGGUGGCUGAGAUCUAAUGUGACAGCUGAUGCGGGGACACUUUCAGGCAGAAGUGGAAAACACAGAGGAGGCAAAAUGUGGCUUUGUGAUAAUCCUGAUGGCGCUGUACUGGUGUACAGAGUGCAUCCCUCUGGCUGUGACUGCCCUGCUGCCUGUAAUUCUUUUCCCCAUGAUGGGCAUCAUGGAAUCAGGCGAGGUUUGUAUCCAGUACUUGAAAGACUCCAACAUGCUUUUUAUUGGUGGGCUGCUGGUGGCCAUCGCUGUGGAGCAGUGGAACCUGCACAGGAGAAUCGCCCUUCAAGUUCUGCUUAUUGUCGGUGUGAAGCCAUCUCUCCUGAUGAUAGGUUUCAUGAGCACCACAGCCUUUCUGUCCAUGUGGAUCAGUAACACGGCCUCCACAGCCAUGAUGCUGCCCAUCGCCAACGCUGUGCUGCAGCAGCUGUGUGACAACGAGGCCAAUGCUGAAGAGAGGGAUCGCGACCUGGCUGCUGCAAAGGAUGGCCUGGAAAACCAGGGCUUUGAGAUGGGUGACACCAAAGAAAACAUGGAGCUCAAAACAAAGGACAGCAGCAUCAACAUGGAUGCAGAUAAAGAUGAUGACGGCAAAGACAUGAAGGAAGUCAAGCAAAAUGAUGUUAUUUCAAAGGUUUGCAACAGGAGCCUGGAGGUGGAGCAGCGCAGACUUAAGAGGGAGCAGAAGUAUGUGAAGCUGUCGAAAGGCAUGAGCCUGAGCGUUUGUUACGCUGCCAGUAUCGGAGGAACAGCCACCCUUACUGGAACCACACCCAAUGUCAUCCUGAAGGGCCAGAUUGAUGAACUCUUUCCAGAUAAUGGUGGCGUAAUCAACUUUGCAAGCUUUUUUGGCUUUGCAUUCCCCAACAUGGUGCUAAUGCUGGCUCUGUCUUGGUUGUGGCUGCAGUUUGUGUUUUUGGGCUUCAACUUGAGAAAGUCCUUCGGAUGUGGCACAAACAAAGCUGAUGACAAGGAGGCAUACCAGGUAAUCAAAGAUGAGUACAAAAAGUUGGGCAGGAUGAGCUUCGCUGAGAGCUGUGUGCUGGUUAUCUUCACGUUGCUGGUUCUUCUGUGGUUUACCAGGGAGCCUGGGUUCAUACCCGGCUGGGCCACUGUGCUCUUCAACAAAGACAAACCGUACGUCACAGAUGGCACUGUGGCCAUAUUAAUGUCAACGCUCUUCUUCUGCAUCCCUUCCAAUUUUCCCAGAUGCUGCAGGAAGUCUGAGGAUGGGGCCCCUGCUGAAGCCCCUUCCCCCCUGCUUAGUUGGGAUAUUGUCCAUGAAAAGAUGCCUUGGAACAUCCUUUUGCUCCUGGGAGGAGGCUUUGCAUUGGCCCACGGAAGUGAGAAAUCUGGACUUUCUAUGUGGCUGGGAGAAACUCUCAUACCACUGCAGAGCAUCCCUCCGUUUGCCAUCUCCAUCCUGCUGUGUCUGCUGGUGGCCAUGUUCACCGAAUGUUCCAGCAACACCGCCACCACCACUCUCUUUCUGCCAAUAUUGGCCUCCAUGGCCACCGCCAUCAAGAUACACCCACUGUACAUCAUGUUUCCCUGCACCAUCUCUGCCUCGCUGGCUUUCAUGCUGCCUGUGGCCACUCCGCCCAAUGCCAUUGCCUUCUCCUAUGGCAACCUUAAAGUCAUGGACAUGGCCAAGACUGGAUUCAUUUUGAACUUUGUUGGAGUCAUAACCAUCAACAUUGCCAUUAACACGUGGGGAGUUGCCAUGUUCCAGCUGAAUACCUUUCCCAGUUGGGCUAAUGUCACCAAAACUCCUUGAAUAUGAACAAUAAUUGCUCAUUUAUCAGGUAUCCUACACUGGAGGACUGGACUGGUGGGUGUCGUAGUAUUUUUAUUCAAAGCUCACCUUUACAGUCCAGUCAAUACCUUCUAUGCAGCUUUCAAUCUUAAUAUCCUGCCUAACAUUGUGAUGUUCUCCAGCAACCAGCUGGACAAGCUGACUGGAAACACUGGAAUACAUUUUGCUAAUGUUUUGACUGAAUUGGGUUCAGUUAAUUUAGAUAAAUCGCCCUCUGGACAGUCAGCUACACAGGUCAGAACUGAAUGCUGUUAGGAUCACUGAUAUCAUUUUAGUGGUAUGAUCAACUGUUUUCCUUCAUCUACAAGACGUGAUAUUUAAAAACAAGUGUUUAUUCUAGCAGAUGCCAGUCUGAACUGCAGUGAGAAGUACACUGUGGCAAAACUAUAUUAUAAACUAUAUUGUUAGAUCUCUCACAUAUUUCAUGUGAAUGGGGACUGACAUUGUACAUGUGCAAUUAUACACACUGUCCUGCAUGCAAUUUUAAAAAUAUGGCAGUUAUUCAAAGUCACUUGUAACUUUUUGUGUGUGUCUGUAAUAUUCAGUUU